AUGAGCAAGGACUGGAAAACGAUUUUGUCAUACUCUAUAUUUUUUACAGGUAAUAUAUACUUUCUUUGGAAAAUUCAAAAUACUUAUUCUUUUAAAAGUAUAGUAGCCUGUAUAAUAAAAUGCUUAAAUUCUAGUAAAAAAAAAAAAUUUGCAAAUAAUGCGAUUGCCCAAAAUGUAAAAAUAUAUUUUGGUAGCCAAACUGGGACAGGGGAACAAUUUGCAAAAGAGUUAUGCUAUAAUUUACAGGAAAUAUUUGAUAUAAAAGCAGAGAUUAUUGAUUUAGAAUAUUUUGAUAAAGAAGAAAUAAAAACACUUGGCAUUCGUAUAUUCAUUGUUUCAACAUAUGGAAAUGGAGAUCCACCAGAUAAUGCUAUCGAAUUCUUUAAAUGGCUAAAAGAACUAGAUAUAAAUAAUACAUAUUUUAGGAAUACAAAAUAUUCUAUAAUGGGUUUAGGAAGUAAACAAUAUAGCCAUUUUAAUAAAAUAGCAAAAAAACUUACAACUUAUCUUAAAAAUUUUAAAGCAGAACAAAUUAGUGAAACUAUAUAUGGUGAUGAUGAUGAUAAUAUUUACCAUGAUUUUGAAGUAUGGAAAAAUAAAUUUUUUAAAGAAUUAUCAAAAAUUUUAAAUAUGGAUCAUAUUCCAAUUAAUUUUAUCAAAGAAGAAGUUAUUAAGCUAGUGGAUUGGAAAACUCUUCCUGACAUAAAACUCGAUAUAAAAUUUGAGGAUAUGGAAGAAGAUAAUAAGAAAAAUGAAACAAACCAUCAUACUAGUAAUUUAUUAAAUAAUACUACUUCUCAAGAAGGUCAGUUUAAUAAACCUGUAGCCACAAGUCUUACAGGAAAAUUUUACUUUAACCACAAUACUGGUACUGUAAUAUCUAAUACAAAUUUGUUAAAAAAUGUAGAUAAUUCUACUAAUUCUGAUAAAGUUAAUCAUAUAAUUAUAUCAGCAAAAAAUAUUAAAUACAAGUCUGCUGAUACUUUAGUUGUUUUAACAAAAAAUUCAAAAGAAAUCACAGAUUGGUGGUUGAAACGAUUAAAUAUAAAUGAAACUGACAAAAAUAAAAAAUUUAUCUUUGUAGAACGAAAUAAUAAAAAUUUAAGAAAAUAUGAUAAUACAGGACAUUUAAAUAGUACUAAUAAUGAGAAAAAUGAUAUAUUAAUAAAUAAAAAUCAUAAUAAAAAUAAUGACAAUAAUAAUAAUUCCAUGAAUAUUCCGUUUCCAACACCAUGCACAAUUGAAGAAGCCUUACAAUGCUAUUGCGAUCUAUCAACUAUACCUCGAGUAAAUGUUUUAAACAACUUUAAAUGUUUUAUUAAAGAUAUAGAAGAACUUAAAAUGUUUAAUUAUAUUUUAUCAAAUAAUAAAAGGAAUACAUUUUUUAAUAUAUGCAAAGAAUUUGAUAUGACAUUUAUCGAAUUUGUAGAUAUAUUCAUGCAAAGUGCCAUAUUUGAAUUAACACCAUUUUUACAAUUAAUUCCUAAAAUUGCCCCAAAAAGCUAUACAAUAUCUUCUUCUCCAAAAGAUGAUCCAGACACUAUUACACUGACUGUAAAAAAAAAACAAUAUCCUAUUCAUUCUCUUCGAAAGGCAUUAAAAAGUUUUAAAAAUAAUAAUAUGUUACCAAAUAUUACUGAAAAAAAAUUACGAAAUUUAUGUGAAAGACGGUGGUAUAAAGGUUCUUCCUCAUAUUAUUUAACAGAAGAAUUAUAUCCAAAUGAUAUAUUAAAAUUUAAUGUUAAAACAUCAAUAUUUACACUUCCCGAAAAUUUAGGAGACACCAGCAUUAUAAUGAUUGCUACAGGAACAGGAAUAGCCCCUUUUAAAGCUUUUCUUACAGAAUUUAAAAUUUUUGACCAAAAACGUGAAAAAAAUGAAAUAUUAAAUAAAAAAAAUAAAAGAAUAUUAUUCUAUGGUUGCAGAAAAAAAGGAAUAGAUUUUCUAUAUGAAAAAGAAAUAAUGGACGCUUUGGAAAACAAAUAUAUUGAUGAAGCCUAUUUAGCAUUUUCAAGGGACCAAAGUAAUAAAAUUUAUGUACAAGAUUUAAUUUGUGAGCAAAAGGAGCUUGUGUGUAACUUGAUACAAAAAGGUGCAUAUGUAUACAUAUGUGGAAAUACUGAAAUGGGUAAAGAUGUGAAACAAACAAUUAAUAAUUUAUGUGAAAAUAAUAAGAAAAAUGAUAAAAAAUUUAUAAAAAAAUUAAAGAAAUCAGGACGAUUUUUCGAGGAAACUUGGUAA